UUUGUCUAUGAGAUAAGACAAGCGACGUCACGUCACGUUAUUUUAAAUUAUCGACAUACAAGUAAACUAUAUUAAAUUUUAGUCAACAGAAAUCUAUGUACGUUAAUAAAUAUAUACAACUCUACUCAUACGAAAAAUUAGUUACCAUUCGUUCUUCAACUGGGAAUAAUAUGCAUUCUGAAUCUUUGUUGGAAUACGUACUGGUUAAUUAUCGAUGGGUGUUUGUAGUGUUCUUCCUUUUGCCUUGCACAGUGCUUGGAAAAAUAUGGACGAUGUUGGAAAGAAGCCUGUGGUCACGACAUUCUGGACUAAACCACGAAAAAAACCUGAAAAAAAUUCAAUAUCAGAUAUGGCAGAGAAAUAAAAACGCACCCAAUCAAGUGAUGUGUACAGCUAGACCAAGUUGGAGAAGUAUGACUAUAUCCAAUAUGGUUUACAAGAAAUUUAUGUUCAAUAUAAAUGUUCAUUUAGAUGGAAUAAUUUCAAUCAAUAAUAAAACUCAAACUGUGAGGGUAGAACCAGGCAUUACAAUGGGCCAAUUGAUUCCGAUAUUAAUCCAAUCUGGGUGGACAGUACCCGUAGCUUUGGAUAUGGAAGACUUAACAAUCAGUGGCCUUAUUAUGGGCAUCGGGUUGGAAUCGUCAUCCUUUAAGUAUGGAUUAUUUCAUGAAACAUGUAUACGUUAUGAACUUAUUACUGCGGAUGGAGAACUGAUAACGUGUUCAAAAACAAAGAACGCAGACAUUUUUGAAUCAAUACCAUAUUCAUAUGGCACUCUAGGAUUUUUAACAGCUGUUGAUAUUAAAAUAAUUCCAGCAAAAAAAUAUGUAAAACUCAAGUAUCGCCCAAUUCGCGGGUUAGAAAAAAUGCAAUCUCGGCUCAUCACUGAAACUAAUGAUUUAGAAAACAAUGAUUUUGUCGAACUAUUAAUUUACAAUAAAGACGAAGGUGUCUUGAUGACUGGUAAAAUGACGGAUGGCGAUGAAAAUUUUAAAUAUAUAAAUAGAAUUGGUUAUUUUUAUAAACCAUGGUUUUUUAAACACGUUCAAUCGUUUUUAAUGAUAUGGAAAUAUGGCGAAGAAUACAUUCCUUUGAAAGAUUACUACUUUAGACAUAAUAGAUCUUUAUUUUGGGAAAUACAAGAUAUAAUACCAUUCGGAAACCAUCCAAUUUUCCGUUAUUUGCUGGGAUGGUUAAUGCCAGCAAAAGUGGCUUUACUAAAAUUAACACAAACCGAUACUAUUAAGAAACUGUACGAUAAACAUCAUUUUAUCGAUGAUUUCAUAGUACCUAUUUCUGGUUUUAAAUUAUCAAUAGAAACUUUUCACCAGAGCCUUAAUAUCUAUCCAAUUUGGGUGUGUCCUGCUAUUCUACGUCCGGGAAAAGGUUUGAUGCAUUCAUAUGGCACGGUAGAUAAAAUGUACAUCGAUAUUGGUUUAUACGGUGAGCCUAAAGUCCCCAAUUACAAUUCAACUAUUACGAGGGAUUUAGAAUUAUUUACACUCAAUUUUAAAGGUUUUAAAAUGAUGUACGUUGGUACAUAUCUGAAUAUAAAUGAAUUCAAGACAAUGUUUGAUCAUCGCUUGUACGAAAAAACAAGACAAAAUCUUAAAUGUCAAUCAAAAUUUCCAGAAAUAUACGACAAAGUGAAUAAAAAAGUUAGAAUAUAGUCAUAAAACUGUUUUAUUCAAAUAAUAUUCAAUGCCACAAUAAUAGUGCAUUAAUUAUAAUAGUGUUA